GAAGAGAACAAACUACGUGAGGAGCUCCGACAGGAGUGGGAGGGCAAACAGGAGAAAAUCAAAAACGAGGAGAUUGAGAUCACGUUCAGCUACUGGGACGGGUCCGGACACAGACGGACAGUCAAGAUGAAGAAAGGAAACAGCAUCCAGCAGUUCCUACAGCGCUGCCUGGAGAUGCUCCGCAAGGACUUCACAGAACUCAGGUCGGCAACAGUAGAACAGCUGAUGUACAUCAAAGAAGACUUGAUCAUCCCACAUCACUACACAUUCUAUGACUUCAUUGUCACCAAGGCAAGAGGCAAGAGUGGUCCGCUCUUCAGUUUCGAUGUCCACGAGGACGUCCGGCUGGUGAACGACGCCACUGUGGAGAAGGAUGAG